AUGCCGAAUCGCAUCCUGCCCAGAGAAGGCUUUACAGCCGACGUUAUCGGCUCAAUACUACGACAAACCGUCUUCGACCCCGUCAAAACCUUUCUCACCAUUCUUCUCUUCCAAUAUGCGCCGCCAAACGCUCGAUAUCUACCACGACACCGCGAGACAGUCCUAAAAUGGCUACGUAUUGCAUUCGCACUGGGUGUGAUUCGAAGAGUGAACACCUUUCUCGGUCGUCGAGCUAUCAAUCGCGGCAUCAGCGACGAAUAUGACUGGCCACGCGAAAUCAUCGUUGUGACGGGUGGUAGUAAUGGGUUCGGUAAAGAGCAGGUGUUAAUGUUGGCCAAGAGGGCGAGGUCCAAAAUUGCGAUUUUGGAUGUGAUGCCACCCGAUUAUGUGCUUCCGGGGGGAGUAAGGUUUUUCAAGUGUGAUAUCACCAGUUCUGAUGCUAUUGCGGCUGCUGCGACGGAUAUUCGUAGGGAAUUCGGUGGUGAUCCGACUAUCUUGAUCAAUAAUGCUGGCAUCAUAUACGCGCGUCCGAUAUUGGAGAAUACGGAUAGAGAGAUUCAGAAGAUGUUUGAAGUUAAUACCCUGUCGCAAUACAAGCUUUUGCAUCAGUUCCUGCCGGCGAUCGUGAGACGGAAUCAUGGUAUGAUUGUCACUGUUGCUUCGCAGGGUGGGAAUUGCACGACACCCGGUAUGACGGCUUAUUGCGCUAGUAAAGCUGCCUCUAUCAAUCUUCAUGAAGGUUUGGCCUCGGAGCUUGUCACGAGAUAUAAUGCGCCCCGUGUACGAACCGUGUUGGUUACGCCGGCUUUUGCGAAGACCUUCGUGACAAGGGACUUGAUUCCCGAGGACAGCUUUUUGAGUCCGUUGUUGGAACCGGAGACUGUUGCUGAGGCGGUGGUUGAUCAGGUCUUGAAGGCGGAGAGUGGAUAUGUUGGUGUAUCGGCUACGGCGAAUUGGUUUACGUUUAAUCUGCGUUCGAUGCCCUUGUGGUAUCAGACCGGUUUGAGGGAUCGCUUGGAUAGGACUGUGCAGGCGCCCGGGAAGAGACAUUCUUGGGUGAAACGGGAUGAGUGA